AACAUUGCGAUACCAACCAUAUUAAAAUAAAUUAGCCACUCCAAAGAUAAAAUAUAAUUCGAGAAUCUAAGAAUACUAGUAUGCAUUGACUUGAUUGUGAAGUUUUUUAGUGCAUAUAAAUUGACUCAUUUGUAGUUCGUAAGAAGCAAACCAAUUCCAACUUCAAAGUUCAAUAUAAGAAUGGGUGAGCAAGAGGUAAAGGUGAUAGGAUGUUGGGGUAGUCCUUUUAGUAGGAGGGUAGAAGUUGUCCUAAAAUUGAAGGGUAUUCCUUACAAUUACAAAGAGGAAGAUCCUUACAUUAGCAAGAGUCCUGAGCUCUUGAAAGGUAACCCAGUGCACAAGAAAAUACCGGUGUUCAUACACAAUGGGAGGCCACUUGCGGAGUCUCAAGUCAUCAUGGAAUAUAUUGAUGAGGCUUGGCAAGGCUACCCCAUCUUGCCUCUGGAUCCUUACCAGAGAUCUAGAGCUCGUUUUUGGGCCAAAUUCAUAGAUGAAAAGUGUAUAACAUCACUUUCGAACACAUUGUGGGCGACGGAGGAUGAAUAUGAGAAAUUACUGAAAGAGGCAAAAGAGAACUUACAAGUCCUUGAGAAAGAAAUUGAAGGCAAGAAGUUCUUUGGAGGGGAAAAUAUUGGUUUUGUGGACAUAGUUGCAAACUUUAUUGGUUUCUGGUUAGGAUGUGUCCAAGAAGCUGUAGGAAGGACAAUAUUUACAAAACAAAGUUACCCAUUUUUGAGUAAGUGGGCUGAAGAAUAUGUAAGCUGCAACAUCAUCAAAGAAAACUUACCACCAAGAGACCGAUUAGUUACCUAUUUCAAGAUUCGUAUUGAGGCUGCAAAGGCUUCUAAUUAAACACUGAACUGUGUAUUAGUAAUGCUAGAAACAUUUCAAGUUCUUUUCUUGUUUUGUUUGAAUAAGUUUUCUGCUUUUUUGCUGAAGAAUACAAAGUCCUUUCUUUUUUUUUUUAAAAAAAGAUUGUAAUUAGUAACUACCAGCUACAAAUAAUCAAGAAUACAUGAUUGUUAUAUUUUCAUGAUA